UGGUUGGCUAAGUGGUUGGAGGUACUACUAGUUAGUGCCAGGUUAGACGGGGAAGCAAGCAGCUAGCCUAGCCGGGAAUGAUGCAUUGCAUUGCCAUGCCAUGCCAUUAUUUAGUUGCUUUUCUCUCGUGCAUGUGAGGAGAAGAUACAGAGAGAGCUAGCUUAGCUCCAUCGCCAACGCGAAUUAGCCUCUAGCUACCUCCCUUGGCGCCUCGCUCUUGCCUUCUUCCUCGGGAGAGAGGGAGCUGAGCUCACCACCCUUUUCUUGCUUGUCCUCUUGCAGCUUUCCCGUAGCUGGGCAUAGUGGUGCUGCUGUGGCUCCGCAAUUCGGAGAUAGAGGAGGGUGUGUAGCCAUGCAGACAGCCAAGACAAGAAAUGGCUCGCUGGGAGGGUCUCCCCUCGGAACAAACAAGACGGGCCGGCCGACGAGGCUGGCCGGCCUGGACAACGGCGCCGACGCGACGGCGACCAAGUCCCCCACCGGCCGGAGCCCGAAGGUGGAGCGCCGCACCACCAUGAGCGCGGAGCGAGAGAAAAGGAGGUCACCGAUGAAGCUGUCUGAGCUAGAGUCCCAUGUCUCGCAGCUGCAAGACGAGCUGAAGAAAGCCAAGGAACAGCUCUAUUCCUCCGAGAACUCCAGGAAGCGUGCAGUGCAGGAGGCCGAGGAGGCCAGGGCGCAGGCCGCGUCGGCGACCGCGCUGGUCCGCGACUCCCAGGCACAGCUCGCCGAGCUCUCCUCCGUCGAGCAGACCCGCAUCUUCGAGCUUCGCCGGCUGUCCCAGGAGCGCGAUCGCUCGUGGCAGUCGGAGCUGGAGGCUAUGCAGAAGCAGCACGCCGCCGACUCGUCCGAUCUCGUCGCAGCUAUGGGGGAGGUGCACCGCCUUCGCGUGCAGCUCGCCGCAGCGGCCCGCGCCGAUCGCAAGCAGGAAGUGGCGGAGGCGCUGGCCACCGUCGACGAGCUCAAGGCCAAACUCACGGCGAGCGAGGAGGCCGAGGCGCAAGCGCGAGCAUUGCACGAGGAGUGCAAGCAGCAGUUGGAGGCGAGCCGGGCCACGAUCGACUCGCUGCUCACCGAUGGCUCCAAGCUGAUGGACUCCUUCAGCCUCGUCGUCACAGAGCUCGAGGAGUCGCGCGCCAAGCUUAAGGCCCUCGAGGAGGAGGUCGCGGAGACGGCGUCGGUGAAGGCCGCCACCGUAGAGCGCUGCAACUGCUCGAAGGACUCGGAGUCGGAGGUCGCCGAUCUAAGGUCGGCUUUGGAGGACGUGGAGGUCAGGUUCCAGGAAGAGAAGAUCCUGAGCACCGUCGAGACUCAGUGCGCGUACGAGCUCAUGGAUCAGAUAAAGGUGGAGUCCGACCUGCGGCAUGGCAAGCUUGCGGCGGCGCUCGCGACCGCCAAGUCUGAGGCUAUCUUCCUCAAGGCGAGCCUGUUCGACAGGGAGUCCGAGUUGAAGCGCGCCCAGGACGCGACCAAGAAGUUGCAGGACGACGCGAGAACGGACAGCACUGCCGACGACCUGAAAGCGCAGCUGCAGGGCGCGCUGCAGGAGAACGGGCAGCUGAAGCUGGAGCUGCGGCAGUACGAGUCCGCCGAGAAGGUCCCCGAGAAGUCGGAGGCCGACGCGGCGGCGGAGGCGGCGAAGAAGGGGGAGACGGAGGCCGAGUUGAGGCGGCUGAGGGUGCAGGCCGAGCAGUGGCGGAAAGCCGCCGAGACCGCUAUGGCGUUGCUCACGGUGGGAAAAGGAGGCAACGGGAAGAUCUUGGACCGCGGCGAAUCGCUGGAUAGCGGCACCAAGUAUGCGGGCUUGUGCGACGAGCUCGACGAUGACGCGGCGGUGGCCAGGAAGAACGGGAACGUGCUCAGGAGGAUCAGCGGAAUGUGGAAGAAAUGAGGCUGAUCGCCGAUGAACUGAUCGAUGACAAGUAGUAGCGUGGCUUGAUCGUAGGGAUCGAGUUGUUCGUUUUUGUUUACCUUGUAUAAUUGUUUUGCCGGUUCUUGUGGUGUAAAAACAUAGGAGUGAUUGUACUGAAUGUGCCCAUAGCUGUAUUAUACGCGGUAUAUGAUGAAUUCAAGAAUCAAUUCAUCCGGGUGUGAAUUACGAAAGGCUGGAUUACUCCAUUUUAGAAAGGGAGUGUUAAUGUGCCACUAUCCACAAGUUGCAUCUGUUCUGAUUCUCCACGAUUUGCUAAUGAAAAUGACAUGUACUACAACUUUUCUUA